AUGAAGAUUUCAAGGGAAGUCAAGAUUUAUUGUAUGCUUGUCAUCACAGGCGGCUUCUUCCUCGUUGAAAUCGUUGUUGGAUACUAUGUUAGUUCGUUGGCAUUGAUUGCAGAUUCGUUUCACAUGUUGAAUGAUUUGAUUAGUAUGUGUGUUGCCCUGUGGGCCAUUAAAGUUGCAAAGAAAACGCAAUAUGAUCCAAAGUAUUCGUAUGGAUGGCAAAGAGCCGAAAUUCUUGGGGCGCUUAUCAAUGGUGUAUUUCUGCUUGCAUUAUGCUUUACCAUUUUGAUUGAUUCGAUAGAACGAUUUGUAUCCCCCGAGCCUGUCACUCAUCCUGUCAUGGUGCUGAUUACAGGCAGUGCUGGCUUAGGAGCGAACCUUGUUGGUUUGUUUCUCUUUCAUGAGCAUGGGCAUGGACAUGGAGGACACAGCCACAGCCAUGGGGAUCAGCACAGCCAUGAACAUAGCCACGGUAAGGAUGUCGAAUCAGUGCAUGAACAUGGCCAUCAUCAUGGAGAAGGAGGAGGUCAUUUGAACAUGAGAGGCAUAUUUUUGCAUGUUUUGGGUGAUGCUUUGGGCAAUGUUGGUGUCAUUGCAUCAGCCUUGUUUAUAUGGCUGACCUCCUUUGAAUGGCGAUUUUAUUUUGAUCCUCUUGUUAGUACAUUGAUCACCAUCAUUAUUUUCAUGUCGGCUAUUCCAUUAGUGAGACAAACAUCAUUCAUUUUGCUACAAGGUGUGCCCAAUAGCGUGCCCAUUGGCGACGUCAAUGACACACUAUUAAACUUGGAAGGCGUCAUCUCUGUCCAUGAAUUGCAUGUAUGGCAAUUGAACGACACCAAAUUGAUAGCCUCACUCCAUGUGUUACUGAAAUCUCGUCAAGGAUACAUGAUAUUAGCUUCUGAGAUACGCAAAAUUCUGCAUGGCUACGGCAUUCAUUCCGCUACAAUCCAGCCCGAGUUCAUUGAGGACCAAAUCGACGAGAAGUAUCAGCUUACGGACCAAAGCAUGGACGACAGCAUGGACGACAGCAUGGACGAUGAAAAAAUGCAAGCGCAUGGCAUUGAGCGUGUUGCCACCGUAACCAGCUCUGUAUAUCAAAUCAACGACGGCGACAAUAAGAAUACCAGCUCCAAUGAGGAUUUACAUAGCUCAUCAACAUGUUUGUUGCGAUGCAUUGAGGAUUCUUGUUUAGAAAACACUUGCUGUCCUCCAGAACAACAACAACAACAGCAACAGCAGCAACCAUAA